GCACGCGCCCAAGACAGUCGCCAUGUCAAGGUACGGCCAUCUUUUCGUAACGCUGCUCCUGAAAAGCCUUCGAUGGAUAAGGACAGCCAGGACCUGCUAGCUCUCUUCUCUCCAGCCCGAGCAAUUUGCUGACCUGGACCGUCACCGCGCAGGCAUCGCUAGCCUCUGUCCUCUGAUGCCUCCCCUCCCCAUGCCUGGCUCUCCCGCCGCGUCGUGGGCCCUCUACCGAGCCCGCUUAAAGUCCAUCUUUGAGGGUGCUGAUCCUCGAGUCUGCGCUGCCUUCUGGCUAUUUGGUCUUAUCAACAAUGUCCUCUACGUCAUCAUCCUAUCCUCAGCCCUCGACCUUGUCGGCCCCAACGUUCCCAAGGGCGUCGUUCUCUUGGCCGAUGUCAUCCCUUCUUUUCUCACGAAACUAUGCGCUCCAUACUUCAUCCACAAAAUUCCCUACAAUAUCCGGAUCCUCGUCUUCGUUACGCUGUCGGCAUGCGGCAUGGUCAUAAUCGCACUCACUCCUCAGCUGCAGGACGCAAAAUCGAUCGGGAUAAAAAUGUGCGGCGUCAUACUAGCCAGCCUAAGCAGUGGAGGCGGCGAGCUCAGCUUCCUGGGCUUGACACACUAUUACGGUCACUUUGCUCUUGCAAGCUGGGGCAGUGGGACUGGCGGCGCUGGCUUGAUCGGUGCUGGGGCGUAUGCGAUUGCGACAACAACCUUGCAGUUCAGCCCGCGAAAUAGCCUGCUCUUCUUCUCCUUUCUUCCCCUAAUCAUGCUGCUCAGCUUCUUCGUAAUCCUCCCCAGAGGACCUCUACAUGCCUCAUUUGGCAAGCAUACGGAGUAUGAGGCGAUCGAAGACUUGGACGAACAAGAGGAAGAGGGGGUCAACUCCAUUAGGCGGAACAACGAGCAAGAAGGGCUAUUGUCUUCUUCGAUACAUUCAACCUCCGCGCGCAGCUUCGCAUCCGCAACUAGCAAGAGCACGGGUUCCCCGUGGAAAAGCUUCAAAGCCAAUCUGAGGCGCAGCCGUGGUUUAUUCUUUCCCUACAUGCUCCCCUUGCUGCUUGUGUACAUCGCGGAAUAUACGAUUAAUCAAGGGGUGGCGCCCACCCUUCUUUUCCCUCUUGCAUCCAGCCCCUUCCAGGAGUACAGGGCCUUCUACUCCACCUACAACGCCGUCUACCAAGUCGGUGUCUUCAUCUCCCGGUCUUCCACGCCCUUCAUCAGGAUCCACCACCUCUAUUUUCCCUCCUUCCUCCAGGUGGCCAACCUGCUUCUCCUCACCCUGCACGCCAUGUUCAACUUCCUCCCCAAUUUCUACGUGGUAUGCGCAAUCAUCUUCUGGGAAGGCCUCUUAGGGGGCUUGGUCUACGUCAGCACAUUCGCGGAGAUCACGGAUAAUGUCCCAAAGGAGGACCGUGAAUUCAGCUUGGGCGCCACAAGUGUGAGCGAUUCUGGUGGAAUUUGCAUAGCAGGUUUUGUCAGUAUGGCCUUUGAGGUCUGGCUGUGCAGAUGGCAGGUUGAUCAUGGACGGAAGUACUGUAAGAUGCAAUGA